AUGAAUAACGCACCACCAAGACACCAGCCGAAUGGCGAACCAUCGCGUCGAUCAUCAAAUGUCCAAAAUAUCAAUACAUCAACGAAAAAUGACAAAGGAGAUACUGCACAGCUUUCUCAAGAUCCGAAGCGGAAGACCCGAGCAGUCGAAAUUCCGAAUCGUCAAUCUACAAUCCAAUCUCGUGCAAAACUUGGUGCUUCGAAAGUCUCAAUUGAUCAAGAAUCCGAUGUGGAGGAUACAGAUUCUGACGAAUCUCUCGAGAAUUUAGUCACCACCGGCAGAAGAGCUAAACCUUCCAAAUUCGAAAGAAACGGAAAGAAGAAUGGGAAGAAGGGAAACAUGGUACUGGAGGAAGAUAUAUACGAGGAUGAAACUUCUAGUGAGAAAUCAGAUCAAUCUUCACCAAAUUCAUCGCCAAGAGGUAUCGCACUUCCAUCCGAUGAUGGAACACCUGAGCUUGGUGAUGAAUAUGUCACUAAAACCACCUCAUCGUUUCCUGAAUGGACGGAAGAAGAUCAAAUCUUAUUAGAUUGCACAUAUGAUUAUGAGCUUGCCCUAUGGCGGAGGACACGGGUACUUUUCAAUUGUGCUCCAUUCGAUCUUUUUCCAACGGGAAUCAAAGCGACUAGUGAUCAUUGGGAAGGUUAUAAGUACAAAGAUGAAUUCAUCAAGAAUGAAAGUUCACUGACCAUUCCAUUCUGCAAAUCGUUUUGUACAUUGGUCUGCUUCCCACACUUCGAUGAUGACAUAGAAUUCGUCAAGUACGCCUUGUCUACCGCCCUAAAGGCUAGAUGCGAAGAUCAAAUUCCGAAUGCUUUGGAGGGAAUGAACACUUGGUCGACUUUCACAGCUCAAUACGAUGGCCUUUUCGAGGAUAUGAAUAGAGCUGAGAUCUACUUCACACAAGCCCAAAGGUUGACUUUCAAAAAGAUACUCGCCUCCCGCACAUCACUUCUCGGACUCCCCAGAAACUCUGCUUUUGUGGACACGAAAAUCUUCAAGGAAAUUCUGAAAUCUACAAGGACUGCAAAGGAAAAAGGCGAUUCGAUCCACCUCUUGAAUGGAGACAUACAAAACGUCAUCAAAGCUUGGGACAUAUGGAAUAAGGAUUCAAAGAAGAAUAUUCCUUCCAUGGAAGAGUCAAAAGAUUCUUGGCAGAAAGGAAAUGGUAAAGCAAUGAAGGUACCUAGGGGGAUAGUUCUGGGUUGGAAGAAGGAUUGGAUUCUCGAGAAGAGGCGCCGUGAUGCUAUCGAUAUGAAUGAAGGAAAUUUGGGUAUUGAGGAUGGCGUUAUCAUUUCGGAAGAUGAGAAUACGGCCGAGGAUGAUGAAGAGAAUCAGAGGUUAGAGGAAAUUGAGAAAAAGAUAUUGGAGAUUGAAAAGAAGCGAUUAGAAAUGCAUGGAGACAAAAGAGGCAAGGUAUGA